CUAGCCAGCAUCCGUAUCAGUGUCGCUUAAGUUUUCGUACAAUAUAAGCGUGUGUUGCUCUUAACGGUUAAACAAUGUUUUGGACUAACUUUAAUUUAUUAUUUUUUAUAACACUUUGCAAUUAUGCGGCGGCAAAAGUUGCGCCCGACUACAUAAAACCAUGCCCAGGUCUAAAAUCGGAGUGUUUAAAGCCGAAUAUUCUAGAAACAAUCCCUUUGUUUGUAAAGGGUAUCCCUAGCUUAGGUAUAAACUCGUCGGAUCCUCUGUACCAGGAAAAAGUAGAUUUGGAGCUACCUGGAGGCUUACAGAUACACUUUCGAGACGGUAUGUUAACUGGAUUCAGGAAAUGCGUGGUGGAAUCUGUAAGUUAUUUAGAUCUGGAAGCAAACCUGUCAUUGCGGUGUAAUUUGACCGUAAAAGGAAAGUACACAGCGACAGGAAGAAUUUUGAUUGUUAGCAUUAAUGGAGAUGGAGAUGCUAAAAUAAAAACACCCAAUAUCCGAUUUGAUGCAAAAUUAAUAUUCCAAGAUGUGAUGCGUGACGGUGUUGAAUACAGAAUUGUUAAGGAUUACAAAGUGAAGUAUCAGUUUGGAGAAAGAGUUACGUUUGCAUUCACUAAUUUGUUUAAGGGAAACCCUCAAUUAAGUGAAACUGUUUUGCUGUUUCUGAAUGAAAAUUGGAAACAAGUUGUUGACGAGUUUGGCAAACCAGUGGUCGAUACGAUAAUCAAAGCGACGUUUGAUAACAUUAAACGAUUCUUUGAUAAAAUUCCGAAAAAUGAGCUUAUUGUGGAUUAAAUCAUUUUUUUUUAAUUUUUAACUAGACUAUUACCGCCUUAAAUAUAAAAUAUUCUGUGAUUUUAA